AUGUCUACAGUCGACCCCGUCGCCGCCGCUACCGCAGUCGACAUCGAGACCGCCGCACCCCCAAGGUCCACUAUCCGCUACCGCAGAGAAUGGGGGCACGCGGGCCACUACCACGUGUCUGUCGACUUCAGCGCCAUCACCCCCGGUGACAUUGGGGGCCUCUACGCUGCGCUCUCUGAAGCUAUAACAGCCGACCUAGUGCGGCGGCAAAGCUCGAGCAAGAGCAGCAGCAAGCUCUCGUCGAAGGCGGCACCGGAGCGACUGUUCCCGCUCAACUGCGAUAUCAAGGUGGAGCUAUGCAGGCUGUUGGACGAUCAGGGGCGCUUGUAUAUACCGCCGGUGAAGGAGACGAGCGUGUUUAGGCAGAAGUAUGCGCAGUUGGGUGGAAAUGGGACGGAUAAGACGUAUGAGCUGUUGGCGUUCCUGCUGGAUAGGGAUGUGAAGAAGGCGUGGGAGCAUCUGCAGGAUGGGUUGUUCUUUGAGGAGGGGGAGGGGUGGCCGUGGUAUUCGCUGUUGGUGUCGUAUUCACAUGAAUCGAGACUGGAUAAAGUCGUCAAGCACCAAGGCCGGCUCGUAAUGGCUGACAUAGACCCGCAGACCUUCUUCCCCCUUACGGCAUCCCCGCCGCCAUCACCGCCGUCACCAAGUAGCUACGGCCACAGCGGCCACAGCGGUCACAACAGUCACAGCUACGGUCACAGCUAUGAGCACCCCGGGCACUCCGGGCACACCAGCUACACAGGCCACCCAGCGCUCAUGAACGGGCAUACACUACCGCCCGGCGCCGAGAUUAUCGUUGAGAAGGCUAGCAAGCCGCGGCGCACGAAGACGCUGACAGAGAUGACGAGCAGCUCAUCGGCCACGGUGAAGCCGCACAAGUCCGAGAAGCCGAGUCGUAGCUCGUCGCAUAAGUUGGCAUCGGCAAAGUAUGCGGAUGUGAAGGCGAAGUCGAGGAGCGCGUUCUCGAUAGGGAGUCUGGUAAAGGCGGAUAGGUGA